CCUUCGAGUCCGAUCCCUUCUCUAGUCAUCUGCUGCCUCUGCUAGUCCCUUUCACUCUUCCUCUGUUCCGCCUCCGAUCGAGUCUUACGAUUGGGGAGAAAAGGCCGACGGAAGGGGAGGCUGCUGGGCCGGAGGUCGAUUCAUCCGCCCGACGAACGAUCGGCGAUGGGGGCGAGCGACGCCCUGACGGAGCGGGCGGCCUUUCUCCGCGACUCCCUCCACAAGAGCCGCACCAACACCGACCGCAUGGUCUCCAUGCUCGGAUCCUUCGACCACCGCCUCUCCGCCCUCGAAGCCGCCAUGCGCCCCACACAGGUGCGCACCUAUGCUAUUCGUAUGGCUCACGGGAACAUCGACAAGACCCUCAAAUCAGCGGACAUUAUACUUGGAUACUUCGAACGCAUGAGAGAGGCAGAGCUCAAAUUGUCAAGGGGACCACGUGAUGAUCUUGAAAGUUAUCUCACAGCAAUUGAUCAGCUUAGAAGCAUCUCACGGUUUUUUAGCUCAAAUAAAAGUCUAAGAAACAAUGAUGGUGUGGUCAACCAAGCUAACAAUACUCUUUUGAAGGCAGUAACAAGACUUGAGGAUGAAUUUCGUUCACUCCUAACUACUCAUAGUAAGCCGGUCCCUCCUGACAGUCUCUUUGGAUCUCUUCCGGAGAUAUCACAGCCAUUGUCAGGAUCACUUGACCAGCAGAGUGAAAGUGUUUCCAAUCACUCUGAAAACCAAGUCAAAAGCUCUGAGCCUUCUGCAUUGACACCUCCUAAACUUAUUCCUCCAAGGAUUUUACCUCUUCUGCAUAAGUUAGCUCAACAGUUAGUUCAAGCUGGACGACAACAACAAUGCCUUAAGAUAUACAGGGAAGUUCGCUCUUCAACUUUAGAGAAGAGUCUUUCAAGCCUGGGAGUUGAGAAACUCAGUAGAGAUGAGGUGCAAAAACUUCCCUGGGAGUCUCUUGAAACAAAAAUUGGAAAUUGGAUUCACCACAUGAGGAUUGCUGUGAAACUUCUCUUUGCUUGGGAACGAGAAUUAUGCAACCAGAUCUUUGAAGGCAUUGGUUCUGUUAAGGACCAAUGUUUUUCUGAAAUAACCGCAAACAGCAUGAUGGUGCUACUAAGUUUUGGAGAGGCAAUUGCUAAAAGCAAACGGUCACCAGAAAAGUUGUUUGUGCUGCUAGACAUGUAUGAAGUAAUGCAUGAACUUCAACCAGAGAUUGAAUCAAUAUUUGAGGGGAAGGCUUGCUCUGAGAUGCGGGAUUCUGCAUUUACCUUGACAAGGCACUUAGCACAAACAGCACAAGAGACAUUUGGUGAUUUUGAGGAUGCUGUUGAGAAGGAUGCUUCAAAAACAUUUAUUGCUGAUGGAACUGUCCACCCGUUGACCAGCUAUGUCAUUAACUAUGUGAAAUUUCUGUUUGACUAUCAGGCGACACUUAAGCAACUUUUUCAGGAGUUUGGACCAGGAGACGGCACAAGCUCCCAACUAGCAUCUAUAACUAUGAGAAUUAUGCAAGCCCUUCAGAGUAAUUUGGAUGUGAAAUCCAAGAUGUAUAAAGAUACUGCUUUGCAGUUAUUAUUUCUUAUGAAUAACAUCCACUACAUUGUAAAAUCUGUACGGAGGUCAGAAGCAAAAGAUAUAUUGGGUGAUGAUUGGAUCCAAAGACACCGUAGGAUUGUACAACAGAAUGCAAAUCAAUAUCGAAGAGUUGCUUGGUCAAAGAUAUUGCAGACCCUCUCGGCCCAAGGUUUGUCUUCGUCAGGAGGUAGUGGUGUGCCAGGAACUGAAGGUGGUGGCAGUAGUGGUUUAGUUCCAAAACCAAUACUGAAGGACAAGUUCAAGUCGUUCAAUAUGCAGUUUGAGGAGCUAUGCAUGAGACAAUGUGAGUGGACGGUACCUGAUCAAGAGCUGCGCGAAUCAUUGAGGCUUGCAGUUGCUGAGGUUCUUUUACCAGCAUAUCGAUCUUUCAUAAAACGGUUUGGGCCGCUACUUGAGAACGGAAAGAAUCCAUCAAAAUACAUCAAAUAUAGUCCAGAAAAUCUGGAGGCAAGGUUGGGUGAAUUGUUUGAGGGGAAGUCGUCAGCAUCAAAGUCUAGCACAGAGACAAGGCGCUGAAUUCUGUAUAAAGUAAUAAUGCUUUGAACAAAAUUGUAUUAAUUCAUGUAGGCGUACCAAUUGCGUUCAUGUAUCUAACAAAUAAAAGGGGCUUGUCUGUUUUACAACUCGUGUACGUUGAUUUGCCUGUUUCAUAUCACAGAUUGCUUAUGUUUGUCUGUCAGCCAUGAAAUCUGUUGGUCUAGUCACAAUUUGGUCGUAAGUCAUGCUUUAAAUGGAAUACAAGUUUACUAGUA